AUGGCCAUUAAUGUUCUCUUCACCAGAGCCAAUGCACUAAUGGAACUCCCGUUUUCCCGCCGACUUGUACCGACAUCAACGUCGCAGCUGCCUGAGGGUCCAACACCAUCCGGAGGCCUUUCACCCCAUUCCUGGCUGCAGACGGCAUUUGCUCCUACCACAAGUGGUAUGGGAGCACAGCCUAUGAUUGUCUCAAUGGAUCAUUUUCUUGCCAAUACCAGAGCCUUCCUCUCCAUUUUCCCAGCUACACAGUCUGACAGAAAAGCUGCCAACGACAACCUGCAGAGGCUUGUUACCGCCAAUGGAACUCCAAUCAACUCUUGUGAUUUCAGAGACAUCACCAUACGCCUUUUCAGGUGCACUUACCCAUGGAGUUUUCUCAUCGCUGAUGUGACCUGGCCACUACUCAGUGCUGAUUUCCUCUCACACCACAACCUGCUGGAUGAUAUGAGAAGAUGCCAGCUCAUCAACAUGGACACUCACUCUACUUCCGGUCAAUGCAGUCUCUAUUCAAGGGAGCAGCAGCGUGUUGUCUUGAUGUGUGUACCACACAUCAAGACAACAGGACCCCCAGUCCAUUCUCGUUUUCGUCGCCUGAGGCCAGAGAUGCUCCACACCGCCAAGCUUGCUUUCACAGAAAUGGAGCGCAUGGGCAUCUGCUACAAGGCUGCCAAUUCAUGGGCAUCCCUUCUCCACAUGGUCCGGAAGUCAAACUACUUGUGGCGCCGAUGCAGCAAUUACUGGCGACUCAACCUCAUCACCGAGGCGGACCAUUACCCCAUGCCAGACAUGACUGACUUGACGGCCAGCAUAGGUGACACCCGCAUAUUUUCGAAACUGGAUCUCUUUAAAGGGUACUUCCAGGUGCCUGUUUAUCCAGAUGACUUCCCCAAGACAGUUAUUGUUACCCUAUUUGGAAGCUUUGUUUUCCACUACACUUUCGGGCUCAGGAGAGUUCCCAUUCUGCAUGGUCUACAUCGAUGA